AUGCGCUCCCCUCCCCAACAUGCCGCGAUCGAGCUCGAAGACUUGGCAACGUCCCCAUCGGAAAGGCUUUUGCGUUGGGGGGCCGCCGAACCGCUCCUAUCCCCAUCGGACAGCCGUGUUGGGUCUCCGCCUGAGACUACGACUGCGCCCGGAUUCGUCAAAUCCAGGGCUGCUCGCCUGCUCUCCAAGCUGCGGACGGAAUCAGAGCCCGGCCUCACAAACGCUCAAUUGAUGCUCACCAAUCAUGACCUGAGACCAGUUGAAGCACAGCGACGCCAGUGGACAGCUUGGAGUUUUGUCGCCUUCUGGAUCGCUGAUGCGUUCAACAUCAACACCUGGAUGAUUGCUUCAACCAUGCUGACCUCCGGCCUUGCGUGGUGGCACGCAUUAAUAUGUAUUCUGAUUGGGUACUCCAUUUCUGCCAUGCUGGUCUGUUUGACCGGGCGAAUAGGAGCCACCUACCACAUCUCCUUUCCUGUCGUUUCUCGUGCAUCCUUUGGCAUCUGGGGAUCGCUGUGGCCGGUCUUCAAUCGAGCCGCGAUGGCCUGUGUCUGGUACGGCGUGCAAGCUUGGAUUGGUGGUCAGUGCAUCACUUUGAUGAUCCGAUCCAUCUGGCCCUCCUUCUACACGCUGCAUAAUAGCAUCCCCCAUUCGGGAACCAACACGAGGGACUUUGUGGGUUUCUUCAUUUUCUGGGUUGCAUCUCUUCCGGCCAUCUGGCUCCCCGUGCACAAGAUUCGCUAUCUCUUCGUGGUCAAAUCUUACUUUGUACCGGUAGCGGGACUUUCUCUCUUUGCUUGGGCGGUCGGCCGGGCACAUGGCAUGGGCCCGAUCGUGACAAAACCGGCGACGGCCUCGGGUUCUACGCUUGCGAGGGAGUGGUUAGUUGGCAUCAUGAGCGCGAUUGCCAACUUCGCGACGGUGAUCGUCAAUAAUCCCGAUUUCUCUCGUUUCGCCAGAACGCCGCGAGACGCCUUCUGGACGCAGUUUUUCACCAUCCCCAUAGGGUUUGUUGUGACGUCUUUCGUGGGUAUUGUUGUGUCCUCCUCGUCAAAGGUCAUUUACGGUACAGCCAUUUGGAACCCCCUGGAUCUCCUCUCUCAAUUUCUCCUCGACGACGCUACAUCAGCUGAGAGAUUCGGCGUCUUCAUUAUUGCGCUGGCGUUUGCCCUCGCCCAACUUGGAACGAAUAUUGCGGCGAACAGUGUUUCCGCAGGAACAGAUAUGGCAGCCUUGCUACCCAAAUACCUCAAUAUCCGCCGGGGAGGCUACAUCUGUGCAAUCGUCGGUCUCUGCAUGUGCCCGUGGAACUUAUUGAAGAGCUCGAACCAUUUCACGACAUAUCUGUCGGCGUACAGCGUCUUCCUGUCUUCCAUUGCGGGCGUCAUCAUCUGCGACUACUAUCUCGUGCGCAAGGGAUAUUACUCGCUGAGAAAUCUGUACUCGGCUCGGGCAGGAUCUCCGUAUUACUACCAUCUCGGCAUAUCAUGGCGGGCAUAUACUUCGUACAUAUGCGGCGUUCUCAUCAAUAUUGUUGGAUUUGCCGGCGCGAUUGGAGCUAAAGUGCCUAUUGGGGCGAACUAUAUCUAUAGAGUAGACUUCUUCGCGGGAUUCCUGGUCUCCUCAAUCGUGUACUACCUCUUGUGUUGGCUCAAACCCGUCCCCGCAACAAGCUCGGUGUGGUGCGAGAAGGGCGAUGAAGCCGAUAACCGGUUCAGCGUCAUCAAUCCACUGCUCGGUGAGGGACUUGACGAAGAGAUGUCCACCGAAAUAACACGUACAGAUGGCCGUGCAGGUAGCGAGAAGGUCAUGGAGGACGAGGACAAGUAG